GCCAACUGCCUGAUUAUGGACUGUUGCAUUUAGAGAUGGGGCAGACUCAACAAACUGGGAGUUGUGAGGAGAUUGAUGUUAAAGCUCUUCAGGAUAUGUAUAAAAAAUUUGUCCUGGAAUGCCCUAGUGGAGUUCUUUUUCUGCAUGAGUUUAAACGUUUCUUUGGAGUGGACCCAACAGGGGAAGCAUCUGAUUAUGCGGAGAACAUGUUCCGGGCCUUUGACAAGAAUGGGGACAAUACAAUUGAUUUUCUUGAGUUUGUGGCAGCACUGAAUCUGGUUUUCCGGGGAGACCUGGAGCAUAAACUACGCUGGUCAUUCAAAGUGUAUGACAAAGACGGCAAUGGCUACGUGGACAGGAAUGAGCUGCGCUCUAUCGUUGAUAGUAUCUAUCGGAUCAAAAAGUGCUCAAAGAAAGACAUGAGCGAGACACAACUUUCAGUUGAUGAGGUUGUGGAACGAAUAUUAGAUGCUGUUGACUUUGACCGAGACGGUCACAUUACUUUGGAAGAGUUUAUUAGAGGUGCACAGGAAGAUCCAUGGGUACUAAACAUGUUGAAGUUGGACAUGAAUCCGGCUGGAUGGGUUAUGGACAACAGACGGAAGAGUGCACAUUUCUGAUGCGUCAAGUUUGCCUUUGCUGUGAAAAUAUAUACAGUCAUGGUGGCAGAAAUACAGCAGACAUUUUUUUUUCAUUCACACAUCUGUGCCAUUUAUGAACAUGCAGUAUCAAAUUCACAAAUUGAAAACAUAUUGUUUUCGAUCAGUAUAAUUAACAUUAACCACAAUUUGUUUUUUGGCACUAUACAAACCCAUUACAACAAUUGUAACUAAGAAGAAUAUUCUUAAAAAAUGGCUGCUUAUUGGUUUUUGUACAUGACUCUAUAGUGUUACAACUGCUCUUAUGUUUCAUUAUGCUGACUUAAAAUAUUAAUUUAUGUUUAGCUUUUUUCAAUGGGCCAUUUCACUCAAACCAACAACCUACAAAGCUUAAUUAAAAAUAACUUUCUUUUGGCUUUUUGCAAAUAUCAUUUUCUGCUGUAUCAGCAAUUUAACUGCUUAGUUAUAUUACUCAGAUCUCUAAGAAUUGUUUCAUUUAAGGAUAAAUAAUAAGUAUAUAAUGUUGGCAUAAUAUUUUUCACUAUAGAUGAUAUUUUACUGCUGCUAAAUGCUCUUUUUUAAGACCUGUUCAAAAUAGUGCUUUGUCUUGUUUUCUGGCUGUUUUAAAAGAAUACUUUUUAUUACUUUAGAAUUGCCUGAAAUUUGUUUUGCUAUCAGUUACACAGUUGUCCACAUCAACCAAAUGCUUUUUGGAACCUUCAUCAUUGUCACCAUACAGCUAUGUCUUUAAAAUGUAAGCAUAGAACCUACUGUACACAGAUCAGUUUAUGCCGUUUUGCUGCUGAGCAAUCCCAUAUCUGUUUUCUGUCCCUAUUCAUAUUGUGUUCCAGAUUUACUUUUUUUUGGUGUCUCCUACUUUCAAGUGCAUACAUGAAUAAGCUGUCUGUGCCUUUUCAAUUGCUAUUAAUUGUAAAUACAUCUGCUUAGGUUGCUGAAUAAAUUAAAACUCAACAUAU